GAUACCAAUAUGGCGACUCGGUUAAAAGCAAACAACCGGCGUAGCCGCAGUCAGUCCGCUACACGGCACGGCGGUAAACGCGUUUGUUUGUACGGUUAUCAGAAUCUGUGUCGUCGAAGCACGAGCGCGCACAAUCCUACCCUUUCUUCUUCUUUUUUUCCCUUUUUUUUUUCUUUUUUUUUUUAAUUAUUUUUCAUUCGCUCCCUUCGAUCGAUUCUUUAUCCUGUCGACUGGUUUCACGAAACGAAGGGAAGUCACGUGACUCUGUCAUCGAUCCGUUGUGCCUGAUUAUUCGGUACCUGUUCGUCUUCCGUGAUCAACGACCAGUUAACGAAAAACCGUUUGCAAUCCUCUUUUUGUUUCUCGGCGAUCGUCGAUGUGUCGACGAGGGAACAGUGUGUGUUCGAUUGUUUGAAGAGCCGAUUGUCGACAGAUAAUUGUCACUGGCGCGACUGUCCGGCUUUGUCUGGAACUCGCGAAUCUGUUGGUGAAAAGCUGCGCCACCCUUGAUUUAUUCGUCGGGAAUAUAUCUUGUAAAGGAUCCCUACGGGACAAGGAGGAAAGAUGUCGAUUGUAAUGCAGUACGUGGACCGGCUCCACGAGAUACUCGACAAACAUGCAGAUCAAAGGACAACGAAUUGGUUCCUGAUGAGUUCACCGUUCCCAACGCUGUUCAUCUGCCUAAGCUACGUAUACGUAGUCAAAGUUAUAGGCCCUAAAUGGAUGGAGAAUAGGAAACCGUUUCAAUUAAAGAACGCCUUGAUAGCCUACAAUCUAUUCCAAAUGUUGUUCUCCGCGUGGCUGUUCUAUGAGUGCCUGAUGGGAGGAUGGUGGGGCCACUAUAGUUUCCGUUGUCAACCAGUGGACUAUAGCAACAAUCCGACGGCGGUGAGGAUAGGAUUAUCCGGCUGGCUGACUGGCGACUAUUCUCUAAGGUGUCAACCCGUAGACUACAGCGAUCGACCCCAAACAAUGAGGAUGGUGCACGCUUGUUGGUGGUAUUACUUCUCCAAAUUUACGGAAUUCAUGGACACGAUCUUCUUCGUACUGAGGAAGAAGAAUGAUCACGUGUCGACGUUACACGUUAUUCAUCAUGGUUGCAUGCCAAUGUCAGUGUGGUUCGGCGUUAAAUUCACACCUGGCGGUCACUCUACCUUCUUCGGGCUAUUGAACACGUUUGUUCACAUCGUGAUGUACACGUACUAUUUACUGGCCGCGAUGGGCCCGAGGGUGCAACCUUACCUCUGGUGGAAGAAGUAUCUGACCGUCUUCCAAAUGAUCCAAUUCGUAGUCGUGAUGAUUCACGCGUUCCAAUUGCUUUUCAUCAAUUGCAACUACCCGAAGGCGUUCGUUUGGUUGAUCGGUCUUCACGCGACCAUGUUCUUCUUCCUUUUCAACGAGUUCUACCAACAAAGUUACCUGCAAAGGAGGAAACCUUUGAAGAAAGACCAGCAGAAUCAUCACGCGAACGGUGUGUCGAACGGAACGAUCGGCAACGGAAUCAGCAAUACCUCCUCGGGAAGAAGGGAUGCGGCGGAUUAUUACGUAAAGGGCGACAGUUUGGCCGCGUCGGAACUGAAUCUUCGAAAAUCCUACACGACGACCGAGUGACCUGAUCGAGUUACUUCGUGGCCAUCAUCGAUUCGUCUCGUUCUUUUCCAUCGAUUCACCGAGUCGCAAUCCGGGGUAUCGUUCUUUCAUCUUUCUGAUCUGUGACAGGUCUUUCGUCGAGAUCUAAACGGAUAAAUCAUCGAAGAUACGUCGCACCAUGGUACACAAGAGUACAAAAAUAAUUGCUCCGUAUUGCGACCACUUUUAACGUGAACUCGUGAGAGGGGAAGAAAGAAAGGGAGGGAGAGAAAGGGAGAACGCGCGUACGAGAGAGUGAGAGAGAGAAAGAGAUAUUGUAUGCACGUAUGUAUUUAAAUAUCACAGUACAAGUGGAUGGUCAGUGAAUAUAAAUUAUUUGCGAUCAGUUGUACGACUUCGAUGAAGUGUAAUCGGUGAAUGGGAUAAUAAUAAAUCCGCGCUCACUAGUGAUCGUACAUCCUCCUUAGUGUUUUGUUAGCCUUCGGUUCACUAACGACCAGCAAACGGAAAUACACUUUCACUAUGGAAUGUCAGCAUUCACCGACCAUCCGCUUCCACUAUGACAAUAUACAAUACGUACGUUUUACGUAUACAGAAUGAGGUACUGUACCCAAGGUAGACCCGGAUGUCGCGACUCAAUGUCACGGAUUCCUGUUGUCGCGAUUCAGGUAUCCAUGAUAUAUUAUUUCGGUUCGCUGUACGUACACCUGCCUCGGCCGAUAAGUUAGUUCGUCCAUCGAUCCAGCCAGACCCUCUUUACGAGUAUGGUACACCAGAAAGCAUGAAACUUUUGCGUUAUUACGAUAAACGUUAGAGACUGAACGCAUCAGCUAUUUCUGGUAACAUCGCGUUGGUAUGAAAACCGAGGGAAGAUUAUGUAAAAAAAUCGCUUCGGCGUAUAGAUUAGUAUCGUCAUUAUAUUACCGACCGUGGUAAUUUGGCCUGUGUUACGAGGCAACAACCAUAAUCGAGGAAUAAUUGUUUUUUUAUUGACCGUGGUGAAAUUGCAAAGCUUUCCGCAAUGAUUCGAGUCUAGCCAUAAGUAAAAACUACUCUCACCUACUUCGAUCCGGGUGAAAUUACUUGAUCGAACCCCCUCCUCGUUCUAGCUUCCAAUCGUCGACAGUUUUAGAUAUUGUUAGAAUUAUUUUUCAAUUUAUAUAAUUUUCAAAUACUAUAGAAAGACGAUAGCAAGACCGCAGAAUGUUUUGCUGUCAUCAGCGGUCGUGCGCCGCUCAAAGAUUAUAUAAAAACAGGGAAUUAUAUAAGAGAGUUAACGGUGUGUCUUGAAUCAGGAUUACGUAACAAUGCCACCGACCGUUAUCGUUACGUAAUUCGGGAAGAUCUCCUUUGAUUCUGUUUUUUUCUUUUCUUUCAAUUAGGAUACUUCAGGUGUCAAAAAAUUCAUGAUUCAUUACACUUAUAUUGGUGACCUUAAUUGGACCGAUCUAAUAGAAUUGUCCACAUACUUUCAUACCACGGUUUCAUGGGUUACAUAAACGCCACGGAAACGGGGUUUUAAAUUUGCGUGCAUGUGUCCAGAAUUAAGUUUCAUAGAAUUACUCAGUUGUGAGUAAAAGAAUCGGAUCGCAUUUCUUGAAUACAUUUUUAUGGUAUCGUCGUUGUAUAGUCAAUACGUUUUAGAAGUGUAUGUACUCGUCUAAAAUUUUACAAGGUGUUGGUAAAAAGAAAUUCGAUGGCAUAAGAGGUAAUUUAUCUAUGCGGCAGUGGUAAACACGGCUAACCGUAAUUCAACAUUGUAUAUAAAAUACGUUAUCUAUCCGAUAUGUUCGACUCAAAAGCCACUCAGUUGAAAAUAAGAAGAUAGAUACGCUAGGUAAACUAAUCAUGUAUGUACAGCGGAUAGUAUGUAAUUUAGAAUGUUUUACUGAUUGGCUUUUAUGCCGAUUAUAUUGUAGACAUCACGAAGCCGCGCAAAGCAAAGGAAACUCAUGUUUUCAACAACAGACAUCCGAGUUUUUGUUUUUAAGAAGACGAUUAAGGAAGAAAGCGUCAUCCGUGCCUUGCGAGUAAAGAAAUGUGCCUUUAACGUAUAUGUAGAAUGUUCUUGACGAUCGUGCGCGAACAUCGUUCGAAUGCACAAGAACCGUCAACGAAUUGUUGUUGACGAUAAACAAAGGGGUUGCGUUUCAAUUUUGUAACACGGUUGGCAAUGUCGGAUCUGUGAUUAUCGACAUAUCGCGUCGUUAAACAUACGUUGUAUCGGGGAUGUUAAAGGAAACUCCGCGAUUCCCCUUUUCCGUGUCCAUUCACUUCGUUUACAGUGACCGACAGAUAAGAAAGGACAUCGUACCCAGAUGGUCGCAAAAUGGUCGCAAAGCGAGGGGAACUAGGAGCUCCCUUUGACUCCUCUACGUUAUACUGGUCACGUCCGAAUUUUCCUUUUCUACGACACCUUCCCUAUCACCCACUAACCCAACUUGAUCAGGGACCUUCUCUGCUGCUGCUCAACCUCCCUUUGUUUUCUGUUAUGUGGUGGAAGAUACCUCUUAUAUGUAGUAGACACCCCUUCUUCCUUGAAGGAAGAUGGGGUAGUGUGGGAUUUUUAAGGCUCGUCCAGACCUUUUUGUAGACAAUUUUUUGUAAGUCUGAGCGAGCCUUUGUUCGCUGAAAUCACCACGACGACCUACCUCGGGCACAUCGGGGAAGCUCCGAAAAACACUCCACUGCUGCUUGACCUCCCUAGUGCAAGUUGGUCCCUGCGUGGAUCUACCUCAGUGUAUCUAAAUAUCUCUCUGCCAAUAAUUUGGACCGUUAUACAUUUUCAAACUUACAAUUAGCUCUACCACCGCCUAGAAAUGAUCUAUAUAGAGUCACUUCCUGGAUUGUUAAAUGUGUUCAACAUGCCAACAGCCGCUUCUGAAUGUCUUAUUGCUUAUUCUAUGAACUAGGUAACGGUGGUAGAGUAUACUAAAGCUAGUGAGAUAAGUCCGGUUACUAUACUUAGGAGAAUGUUUGAGCAGUAGUUAGCAGAGUAAUUGUAAUUAGUAGAGUGGGAUAGUACGGUGGUAAAGUAAUUUUACUACUAGCCUUCUCCUAGCGCUGGUAUUUACUUACUAUACCAACAUAGUCUAACGAUAAAUGUAAUAGUACUCCGAGUAUAAGUGCACAGUUUAGAGAUCUAUUAUUGUAUUGUAGGGUUGCGCAGUAUUACUAGACGGUUAUUGUACGGGAUUCAGGAGUAGUAAGAGAAAAUAAAAGCAGGGGAAAAAAGGAUAAGGACUCGGACGUGACAAAUACAUACAGAAUUAACCAGCGUGUUUUUCUAUUUAAACCGCGAAUCUCUGUAGUGCUAAAUUGUUGAAUCGAAUUGUUUAACCUCGUCGUCGGCGUUGUUAAAAUUGUUGUUAAAGAGUCAGGGAUUGUCUACAAGCGUUUAUAAUAGUUUAACAAACCGUUUCGAAUGGGACACGAGGAUCAAAGUUUUAUCAAUUUCGCACACGUUAAACCUAACAAAGCAAAUAUUUCUAUUUUUCUAAGCGGGUGGUUUGUAAUAUAGGUCGUUUUGUAUAUUCCAUAAAUGAAACGUUUUAUGACUGUGAAAAAAAGUUUGGGCGUGUUUCGCGUACUACUUGCUAUGCGAUAUUUAAUAACGGAUACUUGCUCACCCUUUCGACGUGAAAGGGAUUUUAUAUAGCUGUUUGUAUGCUCGAAAGAAACCAUUUUUACGUAUUGCCGAUAGAAUUACAACAAUUAACCAUAACGAUUCUCGAACUUUGUAUUAUAAUACCACACAGGCAGACAUGUAAUCGGAUAGCAUGAUGACACAAAACGGUCCGCUCGGUGUUUCGUUCGCUUUGCACGUUUCGUACACCCUGUACAUAGCUAGGAUAGUUUUGUACCGUCGCGUCGUAAGAAAAAUGAGAACAAUCAUGAUUACAGUCAUUGCGCCAUGCUUUACACUGACGCUAGCGUAAAGGAAAAAAAAUGAAAAAAAAAAAUUAAUAGAAAAUAAAAUAAAAGAGGGAUAAUAAAGUCAAGUAACGUGAGUACCGUGCGCAUAAUAAUAAUUUAUAUACGAAUUUACAUUUAGAUAUUACGAAUAAAAAAAUUAUUUAAAAAGAAUGCAACAACGAAAGAAAAACCUUUUAUUAUAAUUAAUGAAUUUUGUUCUGUAAACGCGGCUAUGUACAUAAUAACAAUUUACAAAUGAACUAACAAUAAGGAAAAGUAUCGAACAUC